AUAUCGUCCUGUCGCAGGACUCGUCACUUUUAAUCCAACUAGCUCAGAAUGUACACCAAGAUCGUCGCCAUUUUCGCUCUUGUCGCAGCGUGCAGCGCAGCUCCUUCUGUCGUAACGCCCGUAGCGACGUCGCAUAGCUCCCAGGUCGUGACCAGAAGCCACAACGCCCUGGCGACUCCUGUCGUUGAAACUUUAGCUGCUUACACCGCACCAGUUGCUGCUGCUUACACCGCACCAGUUGCUGCUGCUUACACCGCACCAGUUGCUGCUGCUUAUGCCGCACCUGUUGCUGCUGCUUACACUUCACCCGUUGCUGCUGCUUACACUUCACCCGUUGCUGCUGCUUACACGGCUCCUUUUACUUACCCAUAUUAUUCUUACGCGCCCUUCGCCGACGUCGCCUACACUUCAAGCAGCUACACUGCUGCUCCUUCAGCUGCCUACGUCCUCUAAAUCUUAGAUGUGUCUUAAAAUUUAAAUAAAUGAGCAAACCAUUAAA